CUGUCAUUCAACAUGCAUUUUGGGUCCUCUAAAAAUCCCAGACAACCAUUUCCAGACUGUGGGAUUUUAACAACAGUUAACUUCUCCGGAGACAGCCUGCUAACUUCUUACAAGAAAGUUAACAGCUCCGAAAGAAAUACAUAUUUAAUGUAGAACAUCCUUUCUACUAGUCACUACUGAGAAAGGUUAUACAAUGAAGUUUUGUGUAAUUUUGCUGUUCGUCUUUUUCAACGAAUUACUUUUACAGAUGGGGGUCCAUUAGAUCUCCCAGACACUCCUGAAGUCUACUUGGAGUUAUUUAAAAUGUUAUGUAAUGAAGAAACAGCUACCCAUGCCCUCUAGACCAGAGAGCCUUCAACAAUACCAGCGUUGUUCUGUACAAUGACAUACCAAUACAUGCAGAGCACUUUCUUAGGCAGAACAACUCCCAUGACAGUCAGGAACUUGUCAGGACACGUGGAAAGAAGGAUAUAUUUAUAUAGUGCCUUUCAAAGGGUGACUGUCAAAAGAAGGUGAAAAGGAUCCCACAACAGAAUGAGAAAAGUAAACGAAAAGCAGUUGGACAGAAUAAAAUCAGAGCAAUACAUAAGAAAAUAAAGCUAAAAGUUCCAAACCUGAGAAAGGAGAGAAUGUUCCUAGACAAAGACCUAAAGCCGACCUUUAUCAUGACACAGGUUUUGGAUAAAGGCAAUUUCCAGAAGCCAGCAGAGACAUUGAACCUAGCCACAGGGCAAUCCAUUGAACUGCGCUGUAAAGGGAAGAACAUUGGCUGGGCUUAUCCACCUUACCUCAACAACCUAAAUAACUCCAGGCUCAGCAUUGUACAGCAGCAAAAAUACAGCCAACUAACACUUACAAAUACGAGGGCUGCAGACACAGGAGAAUACAGCUGCUGGGUGAUACUCUGUGAUGGGCCAGAGUGUAGCAAAGAUGACCUGAGAAUGGGCAAAACAUAUAUCUUUGUGGCAGAUCCAACUGAAUUAUUUGUGCCAUCAACCAGUCAGUUUGAUAUUAUCUACCUUCGACCUGAUGGGCCUUCUAUAAUCCCUUGUCGCGUGAGCACACCUUUGGCCAAUGUCACACUGCAUCGAGAAAUCCCCCCUCAGGAACUUCCUGUUGAUGGAUCACUCAUUAGUUAUGAUGCAAAACAAGGAUUUGUUAUUUGGCAGCCUAAUCUUGAGCAGAAGGGGGUUGUGUAUUGCAUGGCAAACCUACAGGGAACUCCACAGAUAUCAAGCAAUUACCUUCUUUUGUACGCUGAAGUUUUCAGUGGCCCUCCAUCCACAAGUAUUGCAGCUUCAUCAAAUGCAGUAAAUGGUGGCGAUCAAAUCAAUGUGACCUGCACAGUGCUGGGAGACCCAGACCUACAGGUGGACUUCACUUGGCAAUAUCCAGGACAGCAAGAUGAAAGGCCAGUGAUUAUCACAGAAAAAUGGAGACUAAUAGAUCGGAACAAUGGACACACUGUCAGACUGUCAAAGAGUAUGCUAUAUAUUGAUGAUGUUGAAACAAUUGACAUAGGGGAUUACGUCUGUACAGCUCAAAAUUUAAUAGGAGAAACUACAGUGGCCACGCAACUAUUUUUUAAUUACUAACGGAACCCAAAUCAGGACUUGAAAUAUUCUAGGUGCAGCAUCCCAGUUUAAAAAGGAAAAUGGAGAUAACCCAGAUUAAGUUUAUCAUCAGUUCUUUGUAUCAGCAGACUAAUUACUGAGAUGUCAUUUAUAUGCCUUCAUGACAUUAUAUAAGUGACUCUACACCAAAGCCUUGUUAUGCACAGGAAUUCCUAAGCUACACAACAAUAUUUAUUCUUUGAAGCAGGGCAAACCCUGUAACAACACAAUAAAACUUGGAAGUGCCACAAUAUUUAUAUUUUCCCCCUGGGUUGAAAGCCAGCCCAGACUGAAGGAAUUGAAGUGUUCUCUAUCUGUUGGUUACAAGUGAAAUGUAUGUGAGCAGCAUCCAACUAAUUUUGGAUACACUGCACUUAAACUAGCACUAAUUUAGCAAUAGUAGUUGGUAUGUAUGGAAUGGGAAGCAGGGAAUGUUGUCUGAGGGUGUGUGUAAGGGAGUCAAAGUCUGCAGUUGGUUACUCCUGACCCUGGAGCAUUUGAUGCUGACUUAAAUGUUGUGUUCCAUUUCUGAGCAUUAAGGUUUCACAUCUGGUGUAUAAAAUUCACAAAGAAUGACAAGAAUCCUAUAUUGCAUAUGUUUUUAAUAAUAAACCUUUCAAUCACUUACUUAACCUUUACCACCUAUUCAGAAGGCAAGAAAAACACGCAAAGAAAAUCUAACUGUACACAGCCCCAAAAAAAAUCGUUCUAAAGUGAUUCAUUUGAUAUUUUGGGAGAGAAAAUGGUUACAUUUGGAGAGAAGAUAAUUACAGAGCUAAAUAAUUCAAAUAUAAGAUUGUACUUUUAUGAAAUCUGAGUUGUAACCAAAUUACAUAUGUAUAAAUGAUGUAUGAUUAUGGAAAGCAAUUCAUCGCUUUUGCCAGGACUGCUGCUCUGCCUUGCACAGAUUAUUUUAUGGUAUUAAAUGGGGUGGUCUGAAGAAAUUUGCUUGGCAGGCCCACUCCUCCAGCACUGUUUGUAUUUUCACCAACCAUUGCUUUUGUACAAAUAGCAGAACAUUAUUUUUGAUGCUACCAAAUAGUUUAAAGACGAGGAGAAUAUAACAAAAAUGAAUGAAUGUUAUGCUGUGCAGACCUGGCUAACAAUUAUCUGACUUGAAAUUAUUGUUCACUUGCUCAAUUCCUUAUACAAAUGUUUUUUUUAAAAUAAAUAAGCCUCAGACAAAUAAUUAUAAUUUCCACUCUGCAAAGAAUGGUUUCAGUAUUAAAAGCUAAUGAUAAGGUUUAGUUGUUGUCCUGUUUGUAAUUACUGUUUACAUACUUGGUUCUGUUUGAUGUAGUAACCAUUCAUUAUUACAUUGUAAAACAUUUUAAGGAUUUUGAUAGGGAUUCAAAGCAACUUGAUACCACGUUAGUUUGUAUUGCAUUAUUGUUUUAUUUCUGUUAAGAUAAUCAGAUUUUUAAAAAAUUACAUUGGUAAAUAAUUUUAAAAUUAACAAACUAAUCCCCAGAAAUGAUACUAAUGAAUUGCAUUGUUCAGUAUAAAAUUAUAUUAUACACUUUUUAUUAUACAAUUCUGUUAUUAAAUUUAAUAAAAGAGUUACCAAGUUGAA